GUUUGGAAUGUUUGGUUUGUAUGGCAGCCCUAUGCAGACAUGAAUCGAUAGUUUGAGUACUUUUGGAAUUGCAAGUUAUCUAAACUACUUGCUACUACCAGCUGUUUGUGAGCCAUCAAGAAUGUGUUCAUAACCCACUUUUGGGUUGGGACCCACCAGUUGAGAACCACUUAUAUAGAGUAUAUUAAUUCAAAGGACACACAGCUCUAUUAGUAAUCCCUAUUAGUGAUUAUCAAUGUUUUGGUCACUGGUCCAGCAGAGCUUUGAUUUGCCUCUACACCGUCUCAUGAGCACUUGUUAGUGUUGUAGCCAAGCGACUGGUGUAACCUGAACAGCACACCUGAGCAAACAAGCAUCAUAGCAACUGAGUCUCUCUUUGUGUGAUUGCUCUGUUAAGCAACACCAUAAAACUGUGCAAACCCAUUGCAGAAGCUUCUUUAAAGAUCUUUUUCUCUGAGCUUUUGUUUUCAAAGAAGGGAACAUGCCUUCUCACAUCAUGCUUUCAUAUCAGUGGGAUGAUCAGGCUCUUGUGAAAAAGGUCUAUGACAGGCUCAAAGAGGAUGGUCUGCCUGUGUGGAUGGAUAUCGAAGGAGGGGUGACUGGGAACAUUAAUGAUUCGUGAGUACAGAGGAAAGUGGUUAAACCUCUAUGCGCUACAUUUUUAAACACUAAAGCUAGAAAAUGAAUAAAUCUGGUUUCAUUUUUGUGUUUAUAGGAUGGCUGCAGGUGUGGAGGAGGCUGUGGUCAUCUGCCCGUUUAUGACUCCAACCUAUCAGGCUUCUCGAAGCUGUAAGAAGGAACUUAACUAUGCAGACAGCAGGGAGGUGGUAAUUGUGCCCGUCAUGCUGGCCAACAACUGGGAGGCAAGUGAGUGGCUGGGGCUGAUCACUGCAGGUCUGCUGUGGGUGGAUUUCAGGUGAGGAGGCCUGUCUGAAAAAACACAUUCAUAAAGUUUGUUAAAUUGAUUUCAGAGCAGCAUAGAAAAAGAAGGGCUUUAAGUACCUCUGGAGUUUUAUCUCACCUGAUCUAUCAGCUUUUUUUAUAAUGUUGCUUUUUUUCAGAAAUGCUGAUAGUGAGGAGAAUUUUGAGAUGUGCAUCAGCUCUCUACAGGAAGAGAUCAUGUUCAACGCCAGUCACCUCCUGGCAGUAGAACCUCCAUCAGAGCAGGUGGAUCAGUCAGAACCACCUAAACAUCAUCUGAAAAAGAAACCUGGCCGAAGGUUUCGACACGCGCUCACAAAGCUGUACAUACGUGAUUCAGGCUUCACAGAGGGGGAAUGUAAGUAAACAUAAAUGUGAAGUUGAGGCUACUUUAUACCCUUAAUUCAAUCAGUAUCUAAGGUAGGAACUUAAGUGUACUUUUCACUGCACUGCAUUGUAUAAAGUACAGUCAAAAUUUUUACAAACUAUUGUGACAGAACUAUUCAGUAUACUAUGUCCGUGAAAGGUGCCAAAAUUGACAUGAAUUAAAAGGUCCAAGUGACAGCUUUUAAUUAAAUUCAAAAUAUUGGAAGUUUUUUAAUAUUUCACAACUUUUUAACCUGUGCUCUAAAGCAAAUUAAAUGUUACUGGUCAGAUAGACAUGGCUGUAAAAUACUGAACAAGUCAACCUUCAGAGGACCCAGAAUGCUUUUACAAACUUCACUGACAGAGACGUAACUUUGCACAUCUAAAAUUCAGGACAGGUGCGUCAGAGAGCCAGGAAUCCAGUAAUUCAAACAGAGAGAAAACACCUGCAUACUGUCCAACUUGCAGAAAAAGAAUCAAUUUAGUACUGCGAAGUUUCGGUGCUAGACCUUCCAGGCAAACAAUUUGGUCAGCAAGACGAGUUGAUGAGUGAUAAGUAGGUGCCUGCAGGUGUGAGGCCACCUUCUAUUUAACUCGUCUUGCUGACCAAAUUGUUUGCCUGAUGAAGGUCUAGUACUGAAAUGUCGCAGCAUUAAAUUGAUUCUUUUUUCUGCAAGUUGAAAGUGGAAAAAAGAAAGAAAACAGAAAGAAUUCCUUCAUUUAAAUAUCAACCUGAAAUGUAUCUGCAUUUAUUGACUUCCCUCAAAAUCAGUUUGCAGGGUUCCUACCCAAGCAUGGAAAGUAUGGAAUAAAUUUGAUCAAUUUGAAAAAAAAAAAAUCAAAAAAAAAAAAAAGACAAAUUAACUAUGGAAAAAUAUGUAUGUUUCCAGACUAUUAACAUGGUUCUAAAAUAGAAAAGUAGGUAUUUCCAAAAACAAUUCUAAAAAUUAGGGUAUGGAAAUUCCAAUUGUGUAGGAACCCCGAGUUUGUGAUACAUGUUGUCAUGCCACAGUGGAGCAGGUACCCCACUCGGAUGGUGACACCAGAAACACUGUGGAGCUCAGUGAGACGGCUGAAAAUCACUGUUACUGGGAGGAGAUUAAGGGCAACGGCAGCAAACUCUACAGGAAUGUCGUCACCCACAGGUACCUCGGUGAGUCCGCACAAAAAUCUGCCAUGAACAGAAACAGCAUGUAUGUGAAAAAUGACUUUAUUCAAUGAAGCAAAAUAGUCUUCAUACCGCAAACUAGAAAAAAGAGCAAUGCUGGUUUACAACUGUUAACUCUCUUUGGGACAGGGUUCAAGUCCAGCAGUAACCAGGUCUGCACUGAGACAAGUCCAUCUGUGACCGAGGAGUGGCUCAUGUUUGUGGAUCAGACAGACCAGAGCCACCAGAGAGCCGUCAUCAUCAAGAACAGACACUCAGGGAAGUUCCUGGCGGUCCAGGAUGGCUGCUUCAUAGGACUGAUGUCAUACAAUGAGGACUGCAAGUGGUUUUUAGAAUAAAGACCGGCAACUGAUGUUCAUAAUAGGAUGUGGGUCAGUCAAUGACAUGUUAGUCAAGGCAAAGUUUCUCUGAUGGAAACAGCAGUUAAAGGCCAGACUUGGAUGGAUGUAUGUACAACUGGAGGGUUGGGGGUAAUUACCGCAGCAUGGGGAAUUAAUGUAAAAAACAAAAAAUAAGAAAAACUAAAAUUAGAACAACAACAAAAAAAAAAACCAUAAUUAGAAUCGUUUUCUCUUCAGGAUUUCUGGCUUCCAGUUGACUGGAUGGCUUUCUUCCGU